AAAGUAGCCAAAAAGGAUGGGCGACGUGCUCCCCUCAAAGUUGGUCACGUUGGACUAUGAUCAUGAUGGAGAUGGGGAAGCUUCUCGUUGUCUGUGCUCCAGAAUCAUAGGUACAUAAUUCUUCCUCCUUAUCUAUACAUUCAUAUCAUAUUUGAGAGAAGGAAUCGCUUCUGGGAUUCCAAAAGGAGAUCUAAAAAAAAAAAAGAUGUUGGAAGGAAAAGCUAGGAUAAAGGAAACGGACAUGGCAGAGAAGAUGCAGAUUCAAGCCAUGGCUUGUGCUUCUCAGGCCCUUGAUCUCUAUGAUGUGUACGAUUGCAUCUCAAUUGCUGCCCAUGUCAAGAAGGAGUUUGAUAAGAUGUAUGGGAGUGGAUGGCAAUGUGUGGUGGGUUCGAAUUUUGGAAGCUUCUUCACUCAUACGCCUGGGACUUUCAUCUAUUUUGCACUGGAGACCCUCAAUUUCCUUAUCUUCAAGGGAGCCUCUUCUUAAAAUUAUAUAUAUAUAUGUGUAUAUAUGUACAUAAAAUGUUUACGAUCUUUGUUUGUGUGUGUGUGAGAGAGAGAGAGUCCUCGGGGAACCAACAUUAUAUUGUGGUUCUGGAUUCUUCUUCCGCACUCAGAUUCUGUACGAUACAAUAAUAGACCGGUUGUUGAAACAGGCCUUAUCCUCUCA